AAAGGGUAGGGGAAAGGGUUGUCAUAGAGAUCCAGUUAUUACCGGCAGGUAGAAUUUCGUCACAUAAUCACGCUAGCAAUCCCCCUCCAUUCGGUGGUGUGUCCCGUUUUCACGGCUCUGGCGGGAGGAUGAACGGAGGAUAAAUGGUGCCCAAACCGGACAGCGGCACCUUCCUCCUCCUCUUUCUGCUUGUGCUAACCCUGACCGAGCCGCUGCGGCCAGGUCCACGAGUAGUUCUGGCAAGACUGCAAUCAGAAUUGCGCUGUACCCCGGGGCAGUUUGCAUGCCACAGUGGUACAAUCCAGUGUAUUCCUUUGCACUGGCAGUGUGAUGGAUGGCCGACCUGCGAGGAUGAGAGUGAUGAGGUUAACUGUCCGGGUCCUGGUGGAGACCAGCGAACGUUUCAUGGAAAGGAUACUAUGGAUGGACGGCACAACAGAGGCAGGAGUGGAGAAACACCCCGCUUUCACACUGUUAACUUAGCCCAGCCAGUCCGCUUCAGCAGAAAAUGCCCAACAGGAUGGCACCAUUACGAGGGAACAUCCAGCUGCUACAAGGUGUACUCUGCAGGAGAAAAUUAUUGGGAUGCUGUGCAGACUUGUCAGAAGGUGAAUGGGUCACUGGCCACCUUCACCACAGACUUGGAGCUGAAGUUCAUCCUUGCCCAAGAAUGGGACAUGGAAGAGAGGCCGUUUGGAAGAAAGGAACAAAGGAGGUUGUGGGUUGGUUACCAGUUUGUGAUCACCGGUAGAAAUCAAUCUGUAGAAGGACAUUGGGAGGUGGCUUAUAAAGGUUCCUCUGAAGUAUUUUUACCUCCUGUGCCCAUCUUUGGAACAGCGAUGUCUGAAAAUGAAAACAUCUUGUGUGCUCAACUGCAGUGUUUCCAUUUGCCUUCUCUGCGGCAUCAUGGCCUGCACAGCUGGUAUGCUGAGAACUGCUAUGAAAAGUCCUCCUUCCUUUGCAAACGCAGUCAGACAUGUGUCGACAUUAAAGACAAUAUUGUGGACGAAGGUUAUUACUUCACUCCAAAGGGAAAUGACCCCUGUCUCAGCUGUACAUGUCACAACGGUGAGCCAGAAAUGUGUGUGGCUGCGCUGUGCGAGGGACCGCAAGGCUGCCAGCAUUAUCGUAAAGAUCCCAAGGAGUGCUGCAAAUUCACGUGCCUGGAUCCAGAUGGGAACAGCCUGUUUGAUUCCAUGGCAAGCGGCAUGCGCCUGAUCGUGAGCUGCAUAUCCUCCUUCCUCAUCCUCUCACUCCUCCUCUUCAUGGUGCAUCGGCUGCGGCAGAGGCGCAGGGAACACAUUGAGUCACUCAUUGGAGCCAACCUUCAUCACUUUAAUCUGGGACGCAGGAUGCCUGGAUUUGAUUAUGGACCGGAUGGAUUUGGCACUGGAUUGACCCCACUCCAUCUUUCAGAUGAUGGCGAAGGUGGAGCCUUCCACUUCCACGAGCCACCUCCCCCUUACACCGCCUACAAGUACUCAGAUACCCAACAUCCUGAUGACCCACCUCCACCCUAUGAAGCAUCAAUUAGCCCAGAUAUCAUUCUGUGUUCCACACCUGACCAAGUGACUCAUCAGUCAGCUGUGCUGGGCCAGCUCUCCACUGCAAGUAGUAGCAGCGCCUCAUCCCCUCAGACCUCUGAGGAACCACUGCCUCCAGCGGUACCACCACUUACUCAUCCCCGAGCAGAUACUGAAGACUCUGAAGAUGGUAGCACUUCCUUGCUAGUGCCACCUAAUACCCUCCAGAGUGAAGCCUUCGCUAGUGAUGGCCAGUUGGGACCAUCACCCAGUAACUGUUCUGUCAACACAGUUGUGUGAAAAAGAAAACAAGCAAUUGUACAUCAACCCGGGAGCAGCACGCAACCAGUGUCCAUUACAAAGCUGAGCCCCUGAAAAGCGUGGAACACUGCCCACUUUCAGUCAGCUCCCAAAACUCCCUCUUAGCUAGAUUAAUAUUUUUUUCCUUUAUCACCCCUUUUGCUACCUAAGGUGUCUACACCAAGUUGCGAAACUCCCCUGGCAGCUCAGGUGUUAAAUAGGCGGGUUUCAACUUGGUCUGAAAUCAUGAUUUACAAUGUAAUAGUACAUUUCAGGCUCUGCACUUUCUCCAUUCCCCUUUAGUGUGUAUGUGCGAGACAAAGGAACCGCGGGAGAAAGGGGACAGUGUCGCUCUCUUUGACUUUUUUGAUACAGAAUUUAGGACUGUAUUUUCCUUUUCCUGCUUUUUUCCGUUAAUUAACUUGCAAUAAUCAAGCAAGAGAUGUUUUAAUGGGACCCCUAUCAAUACUGUAAACUGCUCCAGCUGGAUAUGACCUUUGAAAAUGCUCUGAUAUCAUGAAGACUUUUGUGGUGACUCUGAAGCUCACUCGUAUUUGCUGUUGGUUUUCCAACUGUUAAUCUCUGCAUAAAACUUUUUUCCCCCAUCUCCUUUCCAUGUUUCUUGUGAAAUCAUAUUUGUAUGUGGCAAAUAGGUGGUUAUGGAUAUGUCUCUAUAUUUGUAAGGUUUAGAUAAUGGGAUCUAAUCACCAAAGAGAGAGUUGUGGUUUCAACUCAUUAACGUCACUAUACAUCAUAAACUGCCAACCCCAGCGAAUUUCUGCUAUAAUGUAGAGUUAAAUCACAAAAAAAAAAUCUUCAUCCUGUCAUAUUGAAUUAUGCAUUAUACAGAACCAGCUCAGCCCCUGGAGAAACUUGCAUGGGUUAACGGUUUAUAAUAAAUUGAGUGUUAGGGGCAUUGAAACCACUACUCUCCCUUUAGUGAAUCAACCCCAGUGUCUUCAGUUGGGACCAGCAGAUUUAAA